AUCCUCAGAAUCUCAGCUUUAGCCUUUUUCCUUAAAUUAAAGCAAAAGCCUUCCACAUGCCACGCCCACAUACUCUCUUUCUCCUUUCGGAUCCACCUCUCAACCCAAAAGGCUAUAAAGUCAUACACAAAAUCUCCUCUCACCUUGCUCUCUGUUUUUUCUUCUAUUUUCACUCUUUCUACGGAGACCCAUUUCAGCGAGGCUAAAAACCGCUUUUUUAGAAGAUUUUCCGGCGAAUGGCUAUUGCCGGCGAGGUUUUGCGGCGAAACUUUCCAGAGAAUGUUGAGGUUUUUGAUGAUUCACCUUCCGGUUCGCUAGAGCUGCAUGUUCUUGCGGUGGAUGACAGCGUUGUGGACCGGAUGGUCAUCGAGAGGUUGCUGAAGAUUUCUUCUUGUAAAGUGACGACAGUAGAGAGUGGGACAAGAGCUCUGCAGUACCUGGGGCUGGAUGGAGAGAAGGGCCCGGUUGGUUUUGAUGGCUUGAAGGUUAAUCUCAUAAUGACUGAUUACUCAAUGCCGGGGAUGACCGGAUAUGAAUUGCUCAAGAAAAUUAAGGGAUCUUCGGUUUUGAGAGAGAUACCUGUGGUGAUCAUGUCAUCCGAGAACGUCUUGGCUCGUAUUGAUAGGUGUUUGGAGGAAGGGGCAGAGGAGUUUCUACUUAAGCCUGUAAAAUUGUCAGAUGUGAGACGUUUGAAAGAUUUCAUAACCAGAGGUGAAGGAAAGGAUGGUGGAGAAACAAGAGACCAUAAGAGGAAGCGAGAAGAUGAUUACACUUCCUCAUCAUCACCAUCACCCUCACCUCCAUCUUCCUCUUCCUUAAUCUCGUCAUCCUCCUCAUCAACUGCAUCAUCGGCAUCAUCAUCUGCGCGGUUGUCAAAGAGGGCCAAACUACGGAAGAAAGAUUGAAUUACUCUCUCGUAUCAGAAUAUAAAUUUUUUGUUAGCCUCCAUCCUCGAUCCUUGCCGAGUGUUUUUUGUUUGGUCGGAAAUGAUUUCUUUCUAACGUGUGGAAUAGGGACCCAGGAAUAGAGAAAAAGUAGGUACAAAAAUCAGAUCUAGUAGGACAUCAAUAUUUUUUCCUCUUUGAUUGUGUAAAUAUGAAUUUCGCCUUAUAGUUGAAACAAUCAUUGUUUUGGUUUAAUGUUACUUCUACAAGUCAUUAUCUAUCAA